AAACCCCUUGUUACUGAUAACUGCCCAUCGCUUCACAAUCUCUGUUCACCACUUUUACAAUUCUUGGGUGAAUCCUCCGGUAUUUCUGGUCUUCCUUCACCUCCACAGGAUACCUCAUCCCUCUCUGACACCCUCAAUCCCAGUUCCGUUCUCGUAGGUCUCGCCGUUGCUUUAGAAACUCUCUCAUUAGCUCUUAUAUUAGCAACAUCCGCCGUGGCUAUUCUGCGUCCCCGGAGCCAGGCGCACCGCCAAAGUAUGAACAAGUUGUCAAAGAAAAAUAAGAAGAAGCAGGAGAAGUCAAAUGAGGCAGAAACACAAAAAGUACAGACUUCUCCUAUGGCAAAGCGCUUUGACCAAGCUGCUGUGGUUAUUCGUACGUCAUUAUUGCCUCAACUUCAACAAGUUGCAACGAAGCUUCAAGAAUUAAGCCAAUCAUGGGCAGAUUGGUCAUCUGAAAAGGCAGCAAAGGCUUUUACUGCUACAGCUGAAGAAACUGCUAAGGCUAAAUUGACUACGAUUACUGAGGCCAAUGAGCGAAACUCAUCAGCUUAUAGAUGA